AUGCUCCAAGGCCACAACUCUGUGCUCCAGGCGUUGCUGGGGACCUUCUUCACCUGGGGGCUGACGGCAGCUGGGGCAGCUCUCGUGUUCAUAUUCUCUAGUGGACAGAGGCGGAUCUUGGAUGGAAGUCUUGGCUUUGCUGCAGGGGUCAUGUUAGCGGCUUCUUACUGGUCUCUCCUGGCCCCGGCAGUGGAGAUGGCCACGUCCUCUGGGGGUUUUGGUGCCUUUGCCUUCUUCCCUGUGGCCAUCGGCUUCACUCUCGGAGCUGCGUUUGUCUACCUGGCUGACCUCCUGAUGCCUCACCUGGGUGCCGCAGAAGACCCCCCAACGGCCCUGGCACUGAACUUCGCCCCUGCAUUGAUGAAGAAGUCUGACGCUGAGGGUCCCAGGCUGCUCUUCCCCGAGAGUGAACUUUCCAUCCGGAUAGGUAGAGCUGGGCUUCUUUCAGACAAGAGUGAGAACGGGGAGGCCUAUCAGCGGAAGAAGGCGGUGGCCGCGGGUCUUCCCGAGGGCCCUGCUGUCCCGCCGCCUCCUCGAGGGAACCUGGCGCAGCCCCUUGGCGGCAGCUGGAGGAGGAUCGCGCUGCUCAUCUUGGCCAUCACCAUACACAACAUUCCAGAGGGUCUUGCUGUUGGCGUCGGAUUUGGGGCUGUGGAAAAGACGGCAUCCGCCACCUUUGAGAGUGCCAGGAAUUUAGCCAUUGGAAUCGGGAUCCAGAAUUUCCCGGAGGGCCUCGCUGUCAGCCUCCCCCUGCGAGGGGCUGGCUUCUCCCCCUGGAGAGCCUUCUGGUACGGGCAGCUAAGCGGCAUGGUGGAGCCCCUGGCAGGGGUCUUUGGUGCCUUUGCCGUGGUGCUGGCUGAGCCCCUCCUGCCCUACGCCCUGGCCUUUGCUGCUGGCGCCAUGGUCUAUGUGGUCAUGGACGACAUCAUCCCCGAGGCUCAGAUCAGUGGUAACGGGAAACUGGCAUCCUGGACCUCCAUCCUGGGAUUUGUGGUGAUGAUGUCACUCGAUGUCGGCCUGGGCUAGUGCUGAGAUGCCUCAGAGUCCAGGAAAAGCAGCACAAGGAAACUGCAGUGGCUGGCUUCUACGGGACCACACGCCUCUUCCUUUACAUUAAAACAUUUUUCCUUCCUCUCCUUUUCAUCUCAUUAUCCUGAUUGACUCUGAUCAUAACAUGACAAUUUUUACUUUUCUCUUGAGGGAGAUAAUAGUUUUAUUUAGAAUGUCAAGGUGUCACGGAACAACAGAUUUUUGUUUCUGGCCACUGAAUAGAAUCUUUCUUCGGCAGGAUUACCAAGGACACACAGAUCAGGGAAAUCUCUGCUUUCACACCCUCAGUCUCUCUCACUGGACUCUGUGGCAGCUUGUUAAGUUCACCUGGAGGAGCAAGCUGCUAAGAGAGAAGCUUCCAAGCAUUUUUUGCCUCGUGACUCAGAGCAGAAUGGUCAGGACCUCUCUCGUCCAUCCCUCCUGACCUCUCACCAUUGAUCAUCUACCCGUUAGACCAGAACUGGAACAUCAUGGACAGAGCAACCAACUUUCCAAGGUUCGGCCAGCCUAAGGAGGAAUACGACUUCCUCCUGUGUCCCCCCCGAGGGACAUGCUGGAUGGGAAGGGACACAGACAAAGGGAAGAAAAUCAGUUUAUCUUUUUCUUUCUUUCUUUCUUUUCUCCUUUUUCAAGGCAAAGAUUGACACUAUUGAAGUUAAGGGAAUUAGGGAAUUCCGAGAGCCACGAACACAGUGAACCCUGUAAAGGCAGAGAGCAGCUUUGCUCAGAGACCUCUGCUUUCUAUGGAUUCCAAGAGCAAAGUGGUUUGUCAUGGUUUCCAGAUCCCCUAGACAUUUCUUUCAAUACGUUUAUAGCCUCCAGUUUUCUAAGAGACUCGGGGACUCCAGCAGGUGGCUGGAGCCCAAACCCUCCUGGAGUUAUGGAGGGAGCCACUGAAGCUAACUUCAGUGAGAGAAAGACAUUUGGAAUCUGCAAUACCCCCUUCCCGGUUGACCAUUCCCUAACUUGUAACCUGACCCUGCCGGAGUCUUAAACUGCCGCAGGCUUUGCUGGAGUGUGGCCAGAGAGCGCAGGAUGGGAAAGGGAAGAAGGGGUGGGAAGAAAAAGAGAGAUUUUCACGUCCCCCUUGUAAAGGAAAUCUUGGCCAAGUCACCAUUCUGAAAUGACCCUAAAGAAUGACUUAAAGUAGACCAGAGGCCAAUCUGCCCCUUCCUGCCGAGAGCUUCUCCAACAGGGGCCACACACUGUCUGCUUCAAACAGAGCUAAAGUCUGCCGUCCUUGUUGGUCAAAGGAGCAUGUGUGACCUUAAAUGGGCUCUGCCAACGUGGCCGGCAGCUCGGGAACCAGGUAUUCGGGCACUGUGUUGUCAAUGCCUGCCCUCUGAGUUUACAUGUUGAAUUGCUUCCAAGGGUGAAGAGCCUGCUCUGUGAAUGCUCUGAGACCCCGAAGGCCAACCUCAUGCUGGGUCUAUGUAUGUUCUUCUGAAGCACUGAUGAUCAUAAUUGAAGACACAUUCAGAGGGUUUUGAUUGGUUGAAAUUAAUUGGUUUGGUGGUUGGUAUAUGUGUAUUUUUUGAUGUCUUUGUAUGUAGUUCUGCAUAACGCAAACUCUCUGAUGGACAAGACCUCAUAACUGUGAUUAAUAUCAAUAAAGGGGAUAUUGUUGUGGA